UCAAACUAUCCUGUAGAGGGGAGGUAAGGGAACAAGUUGAUUGUAAAUUGCAUGUAAAAUUAAAUUGAAACAACUGUUCAAGCGGACUGAUUUCUUCAGCAAUCCUGAGGCGACCUCACAGCCUUUGCUCGUUGUUUUCUACAUGACAAAGGUUCUGCACGCGUGCCUUCUAAAGAUCCCAGGAUUCUCAGCAGGGAUUUUGUGGACGAUUGUAGCCAAAGUACAUGCAAAAGGCAGCAGGCCAGGGAAUGCAAUGAAAACCUGAAGCAUACGACAUUUUCAAAACAGCCAGCCGAGAUGAAUGGACCUGAAUGAAGGGCAUUUACUUGCUGCCUCACAUUGGAUUCUGGGCAUGGAUGCAGUGGAAGUACUGUGAAGAGCCGUUUUACCCCAGUGAAGAUGAGGAGUCUGAGCCACCAGCCCCAGCUCUGCAUGCUCAACAAGGCAAUGAGAGACACUUUGUCCCAGAGAAGGUCCUGGAUCAAGCCUAGCCGAGUGAGUCACUGAAGAGGAGCACAGCCAAGCCUAACACAGGAUCAGUGAUGACACUCACUGCCACGGCAUCUUUUUCAAGGUUAUUUUCAAUCAGGACAAUGCCCAUGCCCAGAUGAAGAUGUGAAGUACCUGACGAGAUUAAAUCCAGGACUAAAUCGCUUUCAUGUUCUCCAUUUUUGAUAGUUGAACCUAAGUUGACACUCAGGGAACCUCAGGGCUUUUUGUAUUUAUUUUUUUAAAUAAAAGAUCACGUUCUGUUUAAAAAAACUUUGAAAAAAGUUCACAAUGGAGGACCAGUCUGUCUACAAGACAAACCACAAUGUUAAUUGCACUGACAGCAGCUAUUUCCAGCAUCAGCAGCAGAGCUCCAUGGCCUCAAUGAACCAUAGUUAUGGGGCAACUGCCAUGGAACCACUGCAGUCUUCCCCGGUCUCUCCCCAGUUCCCUCACGACUCCCGAGAUGGUUCUGCCGUGUCUGUAAAGGGUUUUCCAGGAAUGGUGGAGGUUUCCAAAGCUGCCGGCUCCUGGCCCGGAUCUGCCAAUCAUCAUCGAAACAGUAUGGGGGGUGCCCCUGCCAUGUGGGGCUCGCCCACACAAGGGGAGCCUCCAGACAUUGGAGACGGCAGUAAUGGCGGUGGGUACCAGUACAACACCACAGCACAGACAAGCACCGAUGGGCAGCCAAAAGUCACCAGCAGCGUCUUGCAGAAGUUGGAUUCAUUUACCCAGGUCUUUGCCAACCAAAACCUGCGGAUUCACCAAGGCAAUGCCGGUAACGGAAGUGCCAACAGCAUGGCUCAGCACAGGCAAGUGGGCGUCUCCCCUCUAGCCAGCACCACCACGGACAGCACCCUUCGCCAGCUGCUUUCCCAUAAACCCCCUGGUCAGGAGUCCCAGCAGGUGACCUUGCCACAACAGCAGCAGCCGCAGCCUUCCCAGCAGCGAUACCAACUGGAGCAGCAGCAAGUACAGAGGAGCUUCGACCAGGCACAGCCCAAACAGCAGCACGUCCAGGAGCUCCAGCAGCAACACCAACAGCAGCAGCAGCUCUUUUUCGAGUACCAGCAGCAGCAAUUACAGCAACAACAGCAACAGCAAAGAGUGGCUCAUCUGCAGAUUCAGCAAGCCCUGCAGCAGCGUCAGCAGAUACAGAGCCUGCAGUCCCAGCAGCAGCAGCUAAUGCAGCAACAGCAGCAAGUGCAGCAGCAAAACCAGUUCUACCUGCAGCCACAAGCACAGCAACAGACGCAGCUCACGGCGCACGCGCUUGUCCUGCAGCAGCUGCAGCAGCAGCAACAGCACCAGCGCAGCACUUAUUACCACCAGCACUCUCAUCCAGCCAUGCAUCAGGCGCAGCAGCAAAUGCAACCUCCUGCUGCCAUACCCCUGUAUAAUCAGAACCGGAAAGCCAUGCAGCAGCAGCAGCAGCAGCAGCACCACUCCUAUUCCCAGCCAGAGCAGGUUCAUUCCAUCCAGAACCUCCAGCUCUCCUCCGGGACCCAGUACUAUUUCCAAGAGCAGCAGGACCAGUACAGACAGCUCUACCAGCCCAAUCUCCAGAUGCAGCAGCAGGUCCAGUCACAGGAGGAUAUGGGCCUCCAGUCACCACCAAAACAGUAUCUUCCCGAACCGGGCUGCCACCUCCUGAGCACAAGCCAGCACACUCCUGGGGACCCUAGCCCUGCAGUCCAAGGGGUCCCCAACACGAGGGCAGACAGUCUGGUGUGCCAAGAGCCCCAUCCCCCCAUGGUCAUGUCCUGCGCCCCCCACCAGCAGAAUCAGAGGCAAGUUCGCGAAGCCAUCCCAACCAUCCAGCUGGUGAACAGCAAAGGAGGGGCCCAUCGGCAGCUCCACUCUCCCACUGCCAUGUGGACACAGGGGUCAUUGUCAAACGUCAAGGUAGAGACUGCAUCCCCAGAUCACAGUGCCCUGACUAACACUCCUCUGCUGGAGAGGGAAGACACAAAAAUCAAGCUCCUGUGUUCAAUCUGCCAGAAGGAGUUUAAAAGUCUCCCGGCGCUCAAUGGACAUAUGCGCUCCCAUGGUGGAAUGAGGGCACUACCUGGUCCAAAACAGGAAGAAGGGGACACCCAGCUGCCCAAAGAGGUGGAGCCCCUGCUUCCCAUCAUCAUGCCUGUCUCUGUGCCUGUAAAGCUUCCCCUGGCAGCGCCAACCCCAGACCUCUCUCCCACUCCCUGCCGCCCCCCUGACAGCGAAGCCGCCACUCUCGUCAGCCCGACCAGCGAACCUCCACAGGCCCUGCAGCAGCAGCAGCAGUGUCUACUGCCCGGCUCUGGAGCGGCCCAUCCCAGCCCCGUGCCCUCUGACCCAAUCCGCCGUGCCCAGAAGGCAGAGAAGAUGGCAGGCAGCGGGGUGAGGGGAGGGCAGCAGGACAAGAAGAAGUACCGCCACCGUCCCGAGCCCCUCAUCAUCCCUUCGCCCUGUGGGGGCCUGUCCGGCGGGGGCGCCACACUCUUCCAGAGCCAGCUGCGCUCCCCGAGAAUCCUGGGGGAUCCCCCCCCGUACACGCCCCCUCCCAUGCUGAGUCCGGUCCGCCAAGGCUCGGGGCUCUUCAGCAGCGUAAACAGCGGGUACCUGCACGCAGGUGGGCAGCCAACACCCAUAACCCCCCGGUUGCUGCUCUGCAGAGCCAGUAGUGUGGACAGCAGUGCAGUGGCAGUGACCCCAGGUUCAGGAGAGCAGCCUGUGGAUGUGAAGCCACGGAUCAACAUUGGCCCGCGGUUCCAGGCUGUGAUUCCUGAGCUGAGGAGACAUUCCAGGGUGGAGCGAGACCUGCACAAAGCCAGCCUGGUGUGGACCCCCGAGCCAGACCUGGACUCUCCGGGCGCUCAGCAGAAAGUGGACAAUCUGGUUAAAAUGGCCUGUUCCAGUGUGCUGCCUGGAGGGGGAACCAACUCUGAAUAUGCGUUGCACUGUUUGUUUGAGAGCAGAGGAAACAUCAUGGCUACACUGGAAAAACUGCUCAUGCUGAGACCUUUGAGACCAAAAUCCCAUCCUCUUGCUGAUUACCAUUAUGCCGGAUCUGAUAAAUGGUCAGUUCUGGAGAAGAAGCAACUGAACAAAGCCUUAGCUGUGCACAACAAGGAUUUCUUUUAUGUACAGAAAAUGGUGAAGACUAAAACAGUGGCACAGUGUGUUGAAUACUAUUACACCUGGAAGAAAAGACUGCGACUGGGCAAGAAGAACAGAUCCCGCCUGACUAACCAGGAGAGUGAAGACAUGGCAAGUGUCUCUCCACCUUUUUACCCUGCAGACACAGAAAAGCCUGCAAGCGGAGAAGAUGGAGAGCUGGAGUCGGAAGAGUUGGAGGAGGAAAAGAAGUCCAGCAGAGAGCAAGAGCCUGAAGUACCACAGUCUCCUGACCAGGAAAUCCAACUUGAUGAACUGGCAGAAGCUGAUCAAAUGUCUGCUUUGCCCAAUGCAACCUUUGUUUGUGAGGUACCUAACUGUGGAUCUAUGUUCAAUUCUAGACAGGCUCUGAAUGGCCAUGCACGGAUCCACAGCAACACAAACCAGGCCCACAGGCCUGCGCCUGGUGGCAAACCGAAAUCGAUGUCUCAGUCAGGUCACGGCUCGGUCAAGAGCUCCCCAGCUCACAGCACCACUAGCGGAGACACCGAUCCCACUCUCAUCUUCCCCUGUAAGGAGUGUGGAAAGGUGUUUUUCAAAAUCAAAAGCCGCAAUGCCCACAUGAAGACCCACCGGCAGCAGGAGGACCCUGACCGCAGGAAGCCCCAGCGGGCGUCCCUGGGGCUCGACUUGGAGCCACCCCACCGUGGGGCCAAAGCCUGCCUGCCCAUGGGCCCCACCCCGCUGCCCUUCGACCACAUGAGCAUGGUGAAGCGGCUGGGGGCAGAGGAGGAGGAGGAGGAGGAAGAGGAGGACGCGGGGGAGGCCCUGAUCAGCCCUCACCUGCUGCUGAUGGGGGAGCCGGGGGAGUAUCUGCCCGAGCAGCAGGACGAGCUGUGACUGGGGUGGGCGUCCGGGAGGGCAAAGGGGGCCUCAGCGUCCUCAUGCGCAUGAUGGCAGCCGACGGACUUCACACUUCACCUCCUCCCAGACUGCUGCUCUCGCCCAGCAGCCACCCAACUACACAGAUUUUGCCUUCACGUCUGAUCGGCCCUGGAAAACAGGCUGAACUGGGCCCUGUUUCGCACACCUCUGGGAAGAGGUGGAGAGCAAUGUCACCUGCCUUCACUUUUGUUAUUUUUUGUAUUUUAAAAAUUUUCUUGAGUUCAUUUUGAAGGCAUAGUUAAGGAAAACAGUGACUACUCAGCAGUAAGAUACAUCCCUUGUUCCUCUUUGUUCAUCCUAAUUCUUCUGUGGGAGAAAAAUCCCCAGGCUCAGUGAAACUGGGCUCCGUAGAGCAAAGAACUCAGCCCUAAACCCAUAUCUUCUCAGGUAUGAUUUGCUGCAAUGUGAGUGAUCGAAAGGAAGAGAAAGUGAAGGAGGGCUCAAAUUAUCUAAAAAAACUCCGGUUGAGAAGCCCCAUUUUCCAAGCAAAUUAGUUGCCCUAAUUAAAUAUUGACUAACAGCAAAUCAUUAUAUAAUUGUGUUUCUAACAAUGAUUCUGAAAAGUAUGUAUUGCCGUGUAACAGAGAAAACCAUCCUGGAUGGACUUAGGCAAUUGCAUGGUCAAUGUGUUUCCUCAUACAUGAGGAAAACUCAUGUGUAUGAGGGUGUAUAUUUAUAACACUGCUUACCAUGGAGUGAAUGGUUUUCCAGGUUUUCCUGGGGACACCCGGGUUUUUCAAUUGCAGUUUGAAAACCAUAGCUGUAAUAAUCUCAGGACCAUGUGCUCAGUAUUCUGUGUUCUGUUUUCGCUCACAUUCAUGCUGGGGAGUAGCUUUUAGAGCAAAAAGUAUGUUCUUGGCAUUUUUACAGUGUAUAAUAAAUAUUUUCUGUUCUUUCUUUUUUAUUAAUCGGUUACUCUUACACAACAGUAAUUCUUUAUAAGGUUAACUUCAUUCUGGAAGCAGGAAUUCUCAGAAAUCAUUUCAUUUUAUUCUACUGCAGAAAAUAUGUACCACAGUAUUGGAAAUGUUUUUUUUUCUGCAUCGUUUUUUUUCACAAGUUUAUUUUACAACCCCCACAAUUCUUAUAUUAGUAAAUACGUUUUCCAUUAAAAGGGUCAAUUAAAUUAAAUUCAAUAUGAACUGAAAAAAUAGUGUUUGGUCACACUAUAAAAAAUUAAAUCUUUUACACAGCAAGCCUCUUUGAGCAUAAUGAAAAUCCCUCUAGAACAGAAGUGCCAAGAUAGAUGACUGUAAGCAGAGAAGUGCUAUAUUUUAGGUCAUGUCUUGUGAAACAUUUGAUUAGGUUGCAGAUCAAAGUAAAUCACCAGGUGUCUUCACAUUUAUAAAUUUGUAUUAAUGUCAUUGUCAGGUUACAGGUUAAGUUGGCUGGCACGGUGAUAAAAAAUAAAAGUAAGAAAAAGGGAAGUCAAACCCAUUUUAACAAGUAACAUAAAAUUAUGUUGUUCCUUAACAUAAAGACCUGCAGCAAUUUUCUCAGGAUGAUCUUAUAUCUUGCACUCAGAUAGGGGGUCUGGCCUUGGUAUUUGUAAAUAUAGUAAUGGAACUGGAAGCUGUUUCAUAUUUUUUUCAAUGGUUUACAUCAUUUUGAAGUUUUAUUCAUUAUAUGUUAAUUUCUUACUUUACAUUUUUAGGUUUUAAGAUUGCCAAACAAACAGUUCCUGAGAUGCUGUAGAUUCUGUGGUUGCCCAACUUAAAACACAAAAACAUGCUUUGGUUUCCAUGCAAGCUUUCAAACCUUUUUCAUACUAAAUCCUAAAAAGCAACUUGCAAUGCUUAAUGAAUUUGUAAAUUUUGAGCUGUCAGUAGUCACUGUAGGGGGAGAUCAGUAAAAUCAUUUCUGGUUCUGCUCUAGAUUGAACUGCCCGAUUAGGUGCCAUUAUGGUAGUUUAAAUUUCAGCUCUGCUUUGCCUUUUGCUGGUGUGGUGCAGUCCUACAAUUAUGGGCCAGUCUCAGGGGAGCAUUCUUAUACAUAACUUCAAUUGCUCAAAACAUUAAUUGUAUCCUAACACCUGUGCAUGUAACCAUAGCACAAAACAUUCUGAACAGUCUUUUCUAUUCUUAACAGACUACAGGAAACAAAAAAGAUUUUUGCUGCCUUAUAUGGACUAAAACAAAUGCCAAUCACUUUUAGUAAGAACAGUUAAUAUGCAGCUCAUAAUAAACACUUCACAGUUUUUAAGCCUUUAUAGUUGGUCACCUGUUAUAGAAAUGGAAUUGUGGCUUUUCAGUUAGGCAUAGCGACUUCCAUAUGAAUUCCAAAUAUGUAUCCACUGCAUGUAAAGGAUUAUGAAUCAGACUGGUUUCCUUAUCAACAAAACAUACAUUAUUGAUUCCAUUCUUCCAAAGCUACUAACAAAGCAAAAGAAAAUAUAAAAAUGAUUCUUUUGGUUUUUAGCCUGUCUAAAACCUGUCGGUCUUCACUAUUUACACUGUCUUUUCAAAAUAGAAUAAUACUGUAUAAUAAUGAAAUUGAGAGGUACGUGCAUCUAAUAUAUAAUUGAUCUUCUGGAUUAGAAAACAAUAAAUGCCUGAACAAUGUUUGUUGGUUUACCAAGUUUGAAUACAACAUUUCCAGGUUGUAUUUCUAAGCCAUGAGUGAGUAUAAUAGACUCAGUAACCUUAAUAUGCAGUUUUUAUAUUUUGAAUUUAAUUUAAAAUAAUUGAUAAGUGUUUCUGUACAUGCUGGGGUUUUAUAAAGUUUGCAUUCCCAGAGUGCUCCCAUCCCUACAGUGUGAUGUGGAGGUCUUCGAGGUCUUUCGUUCAUUGGAAGUUAUUUCAACAAAUACAGCCACUCAUAAAUGUGACAAUCAAUUGUGAGCACUUAACUACAAGCAUAGGUGUUUUUCCAGUGCUGUUUAUUUUCAUUUUCAGUAUUUUUGGGGUGGCUUUGGACUUCAAUAAAUUUAUAGAUAAAGUUGAAAUCACUUCAGCAUGAGAAACUACUCAUAUUUUUCAGUAUUUGAAUGCUUUUGAGGAGUGUUAUACCUGUGGUGCACUACAGCAUCUCUCCUAUAACCUUAAGUUAACAUUAAAGACGAGUAGUGCAAAUACAUUUUAAUUUGGUUCUAUAGUGGUAAAGGAAAAAAACAGAUGGCAACAUCUCGUUUUCCCAUCAAAUGGCACUUGGCACUAUCGCAGUUGUUCCUGAAGUAGUACUUGUAGCAGUCAGCCUGUGAGUAUAUUCAGGUUCCUAGAAAUUGCGACUAUUAAACCCUUAUAUUUUUUUCAGGGACUGUUGAAUGUUUUUUUUUUAUUUUGUUCUUUGUAUAAUUCUGUCAUAUGCCAU